CACGAACCGAACGGCAUGUCAUGCGCCAUGUCUCCUUGCAAUUCCUGGCAGCCGCACGGGCGCGUGCUCUCGCGCACUCUCGCACGCGCUGUCUCAGCGUGGCCAAGAAGGGACCACGUGGCCGGAAGAAUGAGGAAAGCUUUUGGCAGGAGGUGCGAGAGGUGCAGCAGAAGCAUGUCCAAGCAGCACGCGAGGCGCAAGCAAGGCGAAAGCAAGAGAUCAAGAAGCUCAAGCCUUUGGAGGAUGGAUCCAUUCCCACCAAGGAGGGUGAGCAGCCGGAGCUUCCUGCCGCAGCUGAAGGUGAACCACUCCAAGAGAUGGAUAGCUCAACGAGCCGCUCUCGGCUGGGCAUCCAUGCGCCAGGUCUUCCAGACUCUGCGAUUGCCCUCGCCGAGCGCUUGCUCUCUGCAAAGAGCCCCGGGGAGGUCUUAACCUUGGGCACCAAGGCCGUCGAGGCCCUGCACACGGAGGUGGACCAGGAGCAGCGAUCCUUGCGACUGGGUCAGAUUGCCCUGAGCCUUCAGCUCUUAGCCCGGCAAGCCGACGGCCCGCGCAAGGCAGUCAUCUUAAAGGACCGACGCCUCGCUGGCAUGGUGGAAUCUCUCAAGGAGAAUGCCGAAGAGUUGGAGGUCUGGAUCCUCGCGGCCGGCAGCUGCGCACUGGGGCGCUUGGCCUCGCUGAGCCUUGGGGCGGCGCAAGCCACGGGGCCGGCCCACGAAGCGCUGCUGGCGUGCAGCCAGAAGAAGCUUUCAACCUUCGAAGUGGCACAGGCUGCCUUGGUCUUAGCCAGCUUGGCUUCCGUGCCGGAACGCCUGGCGUCUCCAGUUGGUCGACAACUGCGGGAGUCCUUGGUCUCCACCUUGGAAUUGCAAAGCCAGGAGCUUUCACCUGACGCUUGUGCACACUUGGCUCCUGCAUUGGUGAAGCUACGAGAUCAAUCUGCUGAACUGGCCAAAGGCGUGGCGAAGCGCCUGGGCACCGGCGUGUCCGCCGUGCCGCCCGAGCUCUUGGCCACGGCGGCGAAGAGCUUGGCGGCGCUGCGCCAGGCGCCGCUCCAGCUCAUGGAGGCGACCGAACAGGCGAUGCGCCGGCAGAUUCACCUGUGCACACCCCGUGCAGUGGUCUACUUCGCCUCGGCUUUGUCGGAGGGCCGGGGCGGGGUGGACGCCUUCAAGGACUUCCUGAUGCCUGCAGCAAGGUCCUUCAUUUUGGACUUCGGCUGUCGAGACCUGUGCACCCUCGCCGAAUGCUUCGUCAAGGCCAGCUGCAGCGAUCCCGACUUCCUGGCAGAUGUGGCCGAGCGCUUGCAGAGGAAGGUUCCGGAGAUGGGAGCCCAUGAGGUGUCGGUGGCGUUCCAAGUCUUUGCGCCGGUCUCCUAUGCAGUUCCUCAGUUCUUUCCAGCCAUGGCUGAGAAGGCGAAAGACCUGGCGGAUGAACUCUCACCCAAGCAGUUGACGCAUACCCUGCAAGGCCUUCAUAGCAGUCGCUGGGCCGAUGAGCAGCUCCUGAAAGCCUUGGCCGCUCGGGCACAGCAGCUCUCACACGUGCUCUUUGGAACGCACGCAGUGUCGGUGAUUUUGGCCUUGGCCGACGCGCAGCACUUGGACGAGCGACUUCUCAGGAGUUUGUCCGAGACCGUCUUGCGAAGUUUGGACCGCGAUGGAUGGAGCAUGAGAAGUUCGAGCAGAUCGAUUCUGUGAGUCGGUCCGACCGCGGGUUUCUUCGUUUCUUCCGCGUCAUGAUUCGACUUUGGCCGUGGUGACUUCCCCAUUUCUGGUGCUACAAUUCACACCUUCCUGGCCGUUGGGAGCUGAGAUGGUAUGGCCGUUUGAAACAAUCAGACAAAAAGCACGUACUGAGGGACUGAGAAUGCAUUCGAGGUCACAACAUGUGACAUUUGCGUCACCAAAGCGAUAUUUGUUGGAUACUUUAGAAACGUCUUUUGAUUGGUAAGCAAGUUAUUGGUUGAUUGAUUGAUUGAUUGAUUGAUUGGUCUACCAUGGUCUACCCAUUGAUUUCUGUGGUGUGUGAACGGUGUGUAUGUGGUGUUUCUUACACUUCGGAAUCGAGCUUUCUUCGUGGCACAACCAAGGCCUUGGUGGGUAGCUUUGAGAGAUGCGUCCGAGCACCGUGCAGAAUACGAUAUAGAUAGAACAUGAAACGACACACACACACAAUGGGAAACGGGUCGCGUGAAUUGUAGG